ACCGCGUUCCAGUUUGGCCUAAUGAACGACUGACCAUGACGGCAUUCCUCUAUCUUCUGUUGAUAUUUCUGAGUGAUAUUUUAGGUUGUGAUGCUGGGGACUUCUGUUACCAAUACCUAACCUACUCUUACUCCUACAGCCAGGAGUAUUUCUCAUAUUAUGGCUACUGUGACGCGGGGUGCUGUGGUUACACGGUGUACAGGACAUGUUGUCAGAACAAGACCAAUGCUGGUAUGAUUGCCGGCAUUGUCGUUGGUGUACUGCUUUUCAUCGCUGCUAUUGCUAUUAUUGUCAUCUGUAUUUACAAAAAUUCCAAACCCAUCGACCUAACACCAGAUAACGAGAUGGAAGCUUGUCCUUCAGAAUGUAACAGCGAUAUCAUGUUGGGGCCGAUGUGUGGCGAGGAUGGUAAUGAAACUUUUCACCCUCCACCCAAUCAGGCGGCAGGCGGUCCGCCAUUUGACGUGAUGGGACAGACCAAUCCGACCAUGACGGUAGAGGCAUCCGUGUCCCCGCCCCCUCCUUACUCGGACGGUAAUAGAUACUAGUUUCAGUGAUAAAACCCCAGCUUCAUGAAAACCUAAAAUUUUCUCUGUUAUGAAGAGGCGAGAGGAUUUGAACAGGAGAGAACUUUACGAACAACUUUUUUUGUUCUUGUUCAAUAUCAGUGUUCAACCGAAGACUUUCUUCAACUAGCUAAAGGUCUCUGACUAUUUUUGUUCUGAGGUGCCCGUGACAAGUUUCUCGUCGUGAAAUCUUACAUUGAUGGAGUACCGAAGAUUCAAUUCUGGAUAUAUGAUGAUGUGUUAUCAUCGGUCAAUUCCCCAUUGUUUCACAUUUUGUAUAGCAUCUUUGAACCGACCUCAACACCCACCAAGAAAUGUCUAAAGGUGUAUCCAUCAUGAACAUGAUUCCAUAAUCCAUUGUUUUUCACCACGGUAAUAUAAAUGUUUCGGACCUGUUUUACUGAACAAAUGUUUUCAUCAUAUCUUGUAUAAGCGAUCCUUUCAGAAACUAUUUUAAAUAAUAGUGUAUAGCGGUGUUACCAGGAAAGACGUGUUUGGACAUAUUUCAGCCAUGCU